GCAUGAUUAUACAGUAACAUUUGGACCACCCCUCUGCAUUGUAACAAAUAUGGCCUACAUUAGCAGCGCAAGGUAUAUUUAGUAAUCGUGGGAGAUUUUGGAGGUACAUGCGGCAUUUGUGGCACUAAGUGGGGUGUCUUGAAACAACUAGUGCGUGCCAUAGUGCUGUGUCUGUUGUCUAACCAUGCCGGUAGCAGAAACUGUUGCAACAGUGUUUGGGAUUCUUCUUCUUGGCGCAGUUAUCACAAUAGGUGUUUUAGUUUAUAAGAAUAGGAAUUCACCUUAUACACAAGGUGCAUACAGAAGAAUAAACAGUCGAAGUUCAUCCGGACAACAAACAAACACUUCUAUCCACAAUGGUAAUAAGAUAUCUUAUUCUAAACAAGAUCAAAUUCGUUUGACAAAUACAAACUGUUGUCUGUACAGAGGGAAAUUUGAAGGAAACAUAGACAUUGCAGUUAAGAAAAUUCGAGUUACUACAAGUAAAAGAAGCAAAAUUAGAAGAGAUCUAAACAGUCUACAGGAGAGAUUAAGGCGUGUUGUAGAUAUAAACCACAACCUUUUACGUGAAUGUUCAGUGUUAAAUGUUGUCAAAUUUUUCUGCUACGAGUUUAAAGAGGAGAAGGGUAGAUCUUACUUGCCUCUAGCAUUAGAACUAUGUGACUGUAAUCUUGACGAGUUCAUUCUGUCAAGACAAAGCUACCCACCAGUUGCAAACAACAAUAUCAUCUCGCAGAUCUUAAAUGGACUUCAUUAUCUUCAUUCCCGACAAAUUGUCCACCGUGAUCUAAAACCAUCCAAUGUGUUGAUGAAACAAACACAAAGUGGUGAACUCAUUUUCAAGUUAUCUGACUUUGGUCUGUCUAAACUGAACACUUCCACAAAUAACGGCGUACCUUCAGAAAAGUCUUACUUAAGUGACGAGUACGGCACUGUUGGUUGGAUUCCUCCAGAAAUAUUUGCUCUACGUAAACAAUCAGUGCCAAAUCCAGACAAGAGCUACUGGAAAAGAAGUGACAUCUUCCCUUUGGGACUAAUCUUCUACUAUAUUGCAACUGAUGGUCACUAUGUUUUCAUUAAUCAAGAUGAUAUCCAGAGUGGUAUAGCUGAUUUUACGUACAUUUCUGGAAACGAUCCUAUGUUGCAACUCCUGCGACACAUGCUUGCUCCUAAACCUGAAGACAGACCAUUCACUGACGGCAUAAUGAAGCACCCAGCUCUUUGGAGCACUGAGAAAACGCUGGAUUUCUUUGACAAUACAAGCAACCUAAUAAUGGAUCGAGCAGUGUCAUUAACCUGUUCAAUAGAACAAAAUGCUGUCAAUAUUCUACGAGGCGACUGGCGGGUUCAUUUGACACCAGCAGUAGAAAACUCUUUAUUCCCUCAAAUUAGCACUUACAAUCGCCGCGGCAGAAAUCAAAAUCAACCAAGUUAUGAUAAAACAUCUGUACAGUCUUUACUGCGCGCAAUAAGGAAUAAUAAAGGUCAUUUCUAUCAGUUGACACCAGCCGUUCGAGCAGAGUUUGGGAACGUUCCAGAUGGUUAUUUGAGUUACUGGACCAGCAAGUUUCCGGAGCUUCUGAUGCAUACAUACCACGCAAUGAAGGUUCAUUCUUCACAAUCAUGCAUUAGCAGAUUUUACGCCUGAGCAAUCAAGUUGGUGUUCUUCAUCACAAUCACAGCAGAUAAAUUAAUUCAUAUUGUAUUUCAAAACAAGAGCUGUCCGUAAGACAGCCAAUGCUCUACUGUUUAAAUUGUUGUUCCAGAAGCAGGGAUAUUACCAAAAAUACUAGUAUUGAAAUUUCUUUAACUUGAAUACAAAACUUUAACUAGAAGUUUUUUUAGUUCAAAAGUGAACAUAAUUUUGCUUACCACGUGUCAGAGUUAUGGGACUUGAUGCCACACCUAGUUUCAUAACCCCAAAGACACGUGUGAAUUUUAAAAUUUAAUUCAGUAUCUGCAUUACUUUAGGAUAAAGUAACUUGCAUGCAUAUAACUUUAACCAAGGUUUUUAAGUCCAAACGACAGCACAAUUUGGACAAAAUACAUGUCAGAGUUAUGGGUCUUGACCCAAUGGGGUUAGUAACUGAUCUAAAACAAAUUCAAAAAAAUUCAAAGCUAUAUUCUUUUAAAUGAUAGCUAAAUGUACUUGCAUGCAAAACUUAAAUCAAGGUGUGACAGAAUAGCUUCGAAUAGUUGAGCUAAAACUAGGAAAUGAAAUUACGUGAAUUUCAAUUAAUAUGUGAACUUACAUUAUUACCGUCAUUUAUGAGAAUGCAGGCGUUGUAAGUUCUGUAAAAUUGACCAUUUCCAUCUGCAUUUAAAAUAAUGAAUUCAUUACUAUCUACACUAUCUACGCUUUCUUUCUAAAUUGUAUUUUCUUUCUAAAUUGUGCUCAAGUUACUUUUAUAUUAUUCUCUGCUUUUCUGUUUGAAUGUGUGUAAUUCGUAUUCUGACAAAACAUUUUUUUUUCUUCCUUUUUGUCUUGUAAGCAUAAUUGUCUAAUGCUCCCUUAUUCUUACCCAAAUUCCCUUAAAAAGCCCUGUUGAGGCAAAUCACCCUUAUUGACCAUCUGAAAAUAUGGCAUGUAUGUCUAUGCAGUAUCAACAUUUUUUUAUGUAAUUUGUUGAACAUUAUGUUCUUAAGUAUAUUUUAUCUUGCAGACAUGAUUAAAAUAUUGUUGCUUAAAGGUGGUAAUCACAGAUAUGCAGCAGUUUUUGACAUUUUACAUUUUUAGUGUAUUCUGACUGAGGUUUUUAAAUUGAACAAAAAUACCCAUUACAUAAGAGCUUUAUCCCUAUAAGAAACGUGUAUCUUUUUAUCUUCUAUGUAAUUAUCCCCAUUAAUAUGAAAGUAUUCAUUUUGGCAGACAUGUUUUAGCAAAACAUCCUUAAAACUGGAAUCUGUUACAUUGCAUAAAGUACCACUGGCAUCAGUGUGCACAAAAACAUUUUUACAUUCUUCAGUUUUGUUUUAUACUCCUUUUUCACCACGUUUUGUUCAACAAGUAUCAGGGAAAUACAUGUCUCGAAUAUACUUUAAUGUUUUGAUACAAGAAAAGAAAUUCAAAAUAAAAAGUUCUAUUUACAA